AUGAUCGAGUUCUGUACAAAGAAGAGAAUGGCAGCUGUCAUUGCUAUCCUCAUUAGUGUAACACUGGUUGUUCUGAUGGUUGAGAACAACAUUUCACACGAUGCACAUACCGAGGCUUUCUUACAUGAAGGAGGUAACCUGAGUAAUUUAUGCUCAGGAAAUGCUGUGGCAAAAAAUCAUGAGGACUGCCACGAGUGUAGUGUUCAAGAAAAGAUUGACCUGGUACAAUGCAAACACACUGGAUAUGUGCUGAAAGCAAGUUGUAAUGUGAACAAUACUCUUCAUGUUGUUAACCUCAGUUGUCCACGAAAUGUGUAUAUAGAAGAAAGGAACUUUUGGAUUUUUGAGCUUUGUGCUGGUUCAGUUGGUCUGCUAUCAUAUGCAGUUGUUUACUGGAGGCAAAGAAGAUUGGAAAAGUUACUUAUCGAAAAAGUCAACAGACAAAUCGCAUCUGGAAGUUAA